CCCUUGUCGAUCUCUUGCUGCGCCAAGAGGCCGGGAGCUAUGAGGGGUGAUUUGGAAGACUGUGUGCAUAAUAAGUUGGAAAGUCUGUUGGCGCGGGCGGGAAGGUGUGCCUGACUCGAGCGGCCCGACGAUCAAACGCUGGUGUCCACCUCCGGGGAUCUUCACCAUGCUGUGACGCAAUUGGUGUGGCAUUUUUCUUUUCCGAAUGUAGUAUAGGCAUCGUCUGGAAAAGGCGAGGGAAAAAAGCAAACAUCAAUACGAGCAAAGACAUCACGCGGUUCGAUAUUUGCUCGAAUAACGAGUCAUUGUACAGAGAAGGAGAUCGACAGCGAUCAAGGAUCCCAAAAAGAAAGCAAAGAUUCCAGAGAGCAGAGCUCGCCGUCGCCCCCGCCCCCAUUAGAAAGAAAGACAAGCAGUCAUGCCGCCCAUCACGCUGUGGUUCUUGCAGGCUUCGCGCUGCAUCCGCUCUGCAUGGCUUCUCGAGGAGCUGGGGCUGAGGUACGCCGUCAAGUUCUCCGAGCGGGAGAACGGGGUGGCGCCUCCUGCAUUCAAGACUGCUGCCGGUGGGCUGGGCAAGUUUCCCACGCUGCAGGACGGCGAGACGACGGUAUUUGAGAGUGGCAAUAUCACUGAAUAUCUCUGCGACAACUACGACAAGCAAGGCCGCCUGCUGCCCCUCGUCGGCAACCCCAAGCGCUACGAGGUGCUGCAAUGGAUCCACGCCGCAGAAGCCACGUGGGCGCUGCACGGCAUCACCAUCCUCUACGCCCGCUGGCACCAGAAGGACGGCGACGUGGCCAAGACGGAGGAGGGCAUGAGCGGCAACAUCCGCAAGGACAUGGACUUCCUCGAGGCGGCGCUGAAGCAGAGCAAGGGCCGGUUUUUGCUGGGGGAUGAAGUCACCGCUGCGGACAUCAUGAUGCACUUCUCCGCCACGUUUGUGAUUGCGAGAGAGCUGGGGGUGAAGAAGGGGCAGCUGCCGACGGUGGAGAAGUGGUUGCAGGAGUGUGAGGCGACGGAGAGCUAUAAAAAGGCGGUGCAGACGACGGGGCAUAAGUUGUAAGUACAAGCAGUUUCGGAGGGGAACGCAUGUGAAUACAUGGGGGUUCACUCGUCCCCAAUAUAGAGAGUCGCAAUAGAUCUGAAUGGAUUCUAGUUCGUGGAAGAAAUGGUUGUCAGAGUCACGUGCAGCGUGAGAUCAUAUCAAAGUCGACAAGGGGUGAUUGAUGCGUAUGAGCAGCCGUCCUGUAAAUAUUGCGUGUACGUCCUGCGUAACAGAGGCGAAACGCAUCUAUUGCUGCAAAAGGAGCGGCACAGUAGGAUAUCUCAUUCGUAGCAGCACUCGUUGCUGAAGGCUGGGGGCAUGUGAA